CACCUGAUUUUGCACAAUGCUGCAUAUGGAGGUGCUUUUUGGCCAGGGUGCAUGUGGUGCUAGCUAAUCUCUAGCCAUCCAAAAACUACAUUGCGGUCCACUGGAUGGACUGGGAAAUUGCUAGGUUUGGCCGAGUAUGGAUUGAGGGGUCUCUCUUGCAGGUAUGUUGUGGUUUCUUUAAAGCUUCUCUAUGUUUUCACAAUGCAAAAUUCUGCUUAUGAUUGUAUGAGAUGGGAGCUUGUUCUAUAGAUUUAUAAUAGAUGCUGUAUUAUCUUUCAAAAGAAUGUGGUCCCGACCCAAUUGAGGAAGUUAUGCCCAAAGUGUAGUUAGCAUAGUGUCCCAGUGGGAAUCAGAAGUUUAACUGGCAAUGGUAUCAUCUCUCCUUGAUAGGGGCAAUAGUAAUGGAUAGAUGAUUGAAAGGAGAAAUAAAGUCAACCAUAUAGGAUACUGAAUCUGCUAAGGCAUCUAGAAGACAGCUGAAAGAGACAAUCUACUCAGUGCUGUUUGAUAUGAAUGUUCUUGCUGUUUGUGCCAUCAAUCCGGCAUACACAAACAAGCUGUAGAACAAGUUUUCACGUUUGGAAGAAGAGAAUGAAAGGCUCAAGAUGUAGAAGGUUUUGGAUGCUUCCUGGUACAUGCCUGACGAGCAGCAAAAUCCACUUCAAGAAUAUCAGGUUCAAGUCUUCAACAAAUAGAGGGCCUGGUUCUGCAACACUCUACGGCUCCAAGCAGUAUAAUCUCAAUGCUGUGCGACUUACCGAAUCAGCUAUGCUUCUCAGCCCAUUGCAGGGAAACUUCCCAGGGAGGAAUUUGGGCUCAUUGCAAGAAAAGAAAAGGGCCUACAUCACACAUAGUGGACACGUGAUCGUGGCCAGUGAGGUUGGUGUUGUAGACAUCUGCCAGAAGAUGUGGCUAGGAAAGGAAGACAUGAUCGGUCCAUAAGGGGACCUUACUGAAACAGUUCACGUGGAAGGCUAGGAAAGGAAGACAUUUA